AUGACCUAUAAGGCUACCCUGGGCCUGCUCUCCACGCAACAUAGGUUUGUCCCAAACUUCAAGUCUCACAACCAGAACAAUCUUAUAGCUCUCAUUGGAGCAUGUAUCUCUGAAAUCUCUGCCAAUGUGGACAUCAUUUCAGCAACCCAGAAAGCGCCACAGCCAGGAGACCUUCUCAUUGGUGGCAUUGUUUCUCAAGUCUUCUUCCUCUAUAACAACCUCUCUUUCAUGGAACAUCCAGCACAGGUCUUGAUUGAUGAACCUAUCUCAGUGCCUAAGAACUAUCAGCACAUCCUGGCCUUAGCAUUUGCUGUCAAAGAGAUCAAUGAAAAUCCUAGCAUCUUAUCAAAUAUAUCUCUGGGAUUUCGUAUCCUCAACAGCUACUACACUGCAAAAAUGACCUAUAAGGCCAUCCUUAGCCUGUUUUCCACACAACAGAGGUUUGUUCCCAACUUCAAGUGUCAGAGCCACAACAAUCUGAUAGCCCUUGUUGGAGGAUGUGUGUCUGAAAUAUCUGCCAAUGUGGCCAUCAUUUCAGCAAUCCACAAGAUUCCACAGAUCCAUCACUUUCUAAGAAACAUCAUGUUCAACAACAGUGUUGGAGACACUGUGCGCUUUGAUGACAAUGGAGAAUUAGUUGCAGCUUUUGAUGUUACAAAUUGGCUGAUGUUUCCCAAUGGCUCAGUGGUUAGAGUGAAAGUUGGAAAACUGGAACUUCAGGCUUCUCCAGGGAAAGGAUUAACCAUUAAUGAUGAUAUUGUCUGGCAUCAAAGUUUUAAUCAGGUUCUUCCCCUUUCUGUGUGCAAUGACAACUGCCAUCCUGGCUACAGCAGGAAAAAGAAAGAGGGAGAGAAAUUUUGCUGCUAUGAUUGUGUUCCAUGUCCAGAAGGGAUGAUCUCACAUCAGGAAGACAUGGACGUUUGUGUCAAAUGUCCAGAAGAUCAACAUCCCAAUAUGGACCAAACUCAAUGCAUUCUCAAGGUACUAAGCUACCUCUCUUAUACAGAAGAUUUAGGGAUCAUCUUAACUAUUUUGGCUGUCUCUUUCUUUUUCAUCACAACUUUAGUGCUUGGAACUUUUAUAGAGCACAUGGACACUCCCAUAGUCAAAGCCAACAACCGAACCCUCACCUUCAUCCUCCUCAUCUCCCUCCUGUUUUGCUUCCUCUCUUCCUUGGUCUUCAUCGGACAGCCUGGAAAGGUGAUUUGCCUUCUCCGACAGCCUGCUUUUGGCAUUAUCUUCUCUGUAGCCCUUUCCUCUGUGCUGACAAAGACCAUCACCAUGGUUCUGGCAUUCAUGGCCACCAAACCAGGAUCUGGGAUGAGGAAAUGGGUGGGGGAAAGACUGGCAAAUUCUAUUGUCUCUUCCUGCUCUUUUAUUCAAGUUGCCAUUUGUACUCUUUGGUUAAGUACUUCCCCUCCAUUCCCAGAUAGGGACAUGCAUUCAGUGAAUGGGGAAAUAAUUCUGGAAUGCAAUGAGGGUUCAUCUAUCAUGUUUUACUGUGUCUUGAGCUAUAUGGGCUUCCUGGCCAUUUUCAGCUUCAUUGUGGCUUUUCUAGCCAGGAAGUUACCUGACAGCUUUAAUGAAGCCAAAUGCAUCACUUUCAGCAUGUUGGUGUUUUGCAGUGUUUGGUUGUCCUUUGUUCCAACCUACCUGAGCACCAAAGGAAAAUAUAUGGUGGCUGUGGAGAUCUUCUCUAUCUUAUGUUCCAGUGCUGGGUUACUGGGUUGUAUCUUUUUCUCUAAAUGCUAUAUCAUUGUGCUGAGGCCUGACCUGAACAACAGGGGACAAUUAAUAAGAAGAAACAAAUGA